AUGUUUGAUUCUCUAUCGGUGUGCUCGUAUGCAUCUAAGAUCAUCCAGGACGCAGUGGAGGAAGCGGAAACGAAUGCCGCACAAGCAGAGGAGACAGCCACAACUACAGCGCUGGGCAUGCAGGAGCAUCCGCAGUCAAGCGAGCCCCCUGUCGCCCUGGCGCCGCCGCCGUCGGCCAAUGCCACUGCGCAAAAGAAAGAUCAUCAAAAGCAGGCCCAGGGAGUGCCAGAGCCGCAGCUGGCGCACUUGGCGGCAGAGGCUGGCGCAAAGCUCGAAUCGGAGUUACAAGCGGACUUCGAACGCGCACACGAGGCAAGCGGCAAGUACAGGGCUGCUCAGACCGAGAUCGCAAAGGAACUGAAAGCUCUGAGCAAUGGCACCCAGAACUUGCAGGCUCAGAUCCCUGCAGAACAUGCUCCUCUCUUGACGAAGAUCGAGAAGGUGCUGCAGCCGACAGUAACAGCGGCGCAGCCAGCGGAUCAGGAGUCAAUUGGGAAGGAGAGAACGUCGCCCCAGGGCCAAACCGACGAGGAGGAGCCAACGCCGCCAGCGAAGUUGCAGGCGAAGCCGCAGGCGCAGGACCAAACCGACGAGAAGGAGCCAACGCCGCCAGCGAAGUUGCAGGCGAAGCCGCAGGCGCAGGGCCAAACCGACGAGGAGGAGCCAACGCCGCCCGCGAAGUUGCAGGCGAAGCCGCAGGCGCAGGGCCAAACCGACGAGGAGGAGCCAACGCCGCCAGCGAAGUUGCAGGCGAAGCCGCAGGCGCAGGGCCAAACCGACGAGGAGGAGCCAACGCCGCCCGCGAAGUUGCAGGCGAAGCCGCAGGUGAAGGGCCAAACCGACGAGGAGUCGCCAACGCCGCCGGUCGUCCAACACAGCACGGUGCACUCCAAGGGCCCCAAGAAGGUGGCAAGUGUGCGUGGCAGCCGUGGCGGUGACGGAAGUGGUGGUGGCAGUGCAGCGAGACCACGGAGUGGAAAGCAGGAUCGCAGAAUGGACACCAUACCUGAACCUGUGCUUGGAUCCGAUCAGGUACAAGAUGCGCAUGUCGCAGACCGUCAGGCAGCUGCUUUCAACGCGUUUCCAGAUGCCCAGCUGCUGCCGGAUCCACCGGAAAGCGAGGGAUACCAAGGGAAGAAGCCUGGCCCGGAAGUUCUAUUUCUGGAGGAUCCGCGGAAGUGGCCCAUGUCCAUGAAGGCUGUGGCCAUGUGCGAUGUCCUCGAAGGACGGGGGACCUCGAGUACCAUGGCUCCUGGGUGCCUUUGUGCGCAGCUGGAGGAUGGCCCACUGCUGCUGGGUGCUUUCGUGCGCAGCUGGAGGGCGGAAGCCCUAUUCCCGCUCCUGGCCUUGGACUCCACGUGGGCUGGAUCUGGGCCCUUGCUAUGGCAUCCCUCUGUCGCUUGUGGGGGUCUGCUCGCCCAGCUGAAGGAGGAGAGCUUCGUCACGUCGAACAUUGUCAUGCUUGUGCUAUUUGGUCCUACUGUCGUGAGCACUGUCUAUGACAAUUGCAGCGACAUGGCAGUGCUGGCUGGCAUGCUGGUCCUUGGUGGUGUCACCAUACUCGCAGCCGCGCGGGUGUGUCAAGCCUGGGAGCCUACCCGGCAUUUGGGCACCAUCCUGCAGGCACGGAUCCUCAACACAUCGGAGAACUGGUUGCAGCACCCUGGCCGCUCCGCACUUGAGUCGACGUUCUUUUGCGCCGUCGUCAUGGGAGUGUAUGAGCUUCAUGGCGAUGCGCUGUUCGCACUGCAGACGGGCUUCCUGUCUGGCAUGUCGAUUGUCAUCGCGAGUGAAGUGUUUGCAAAUGGCAUCAACUUCGACAUCAAGGUUGAUGAUUCCAAGCAGACAUCAGUGCCGCCAGUGAUAUUGGGAUAUGUCAGUUUUAUGGUUCUUGUUUGCUUGAACGCUCGCGAGCACGAGACGGUGAACAGCGCGGCUCUGUCUGUGAUCGUCAACAGCCUUCUUUGGGUGAUCCUUGGCAGAUGCUGCAGUGCAAUCGGAGCAGGGCAGCAUCUAGGUCAGAUCGUCAACCGCAGGCCUGGAGACAACAUCCCUAAGCCGCAUCGCGUGAAAGUCCGGGGCUGUCUGCAGGGCGUUGGAU